AUGGCAUCUCGAUCAUAUAUUCCCUGCGCUCGCUGCCACUCUUCUUCGUUAACCUCCCACUAUCCACUCACGUUUCAAGCAUCGAGUGAGAAACAGCAUCGUCGACGUCCAUCGACCUCUUCGUGCAUGAGAAACGGCAUGGCCGCUCCUAGGUUCAGGCCGAUCGAGGAGUGCGCCACGGAAGGGCGGUCGCGGCAGACGGUCGCCGCCGACCUCGACGGCACGCUGCUCCUGUCCCGGAGCGCGUUCCCCUACUACCUCCUCAUCGCGCUCGAGGCCGGCGGCCUCCUGCGCGCGCUCGCCCUCCUCGCGUCCGUGCCGCUGGUGUACCUCACCUACAUCUCCGUGUCCGAGCCGCUGGCGGUGCGCACGUUCGUGUACAUCGCCGUGGCUGGCCUGAGGGUUAGCGACGUCGAGGCGGUGGCGCGGUCGGUGCUCCCCAGGUUCUACGCCGGCGACGUGCACCCGGAGGGGUGGCGGGUGUUCCGCUCGUUCGGCAGGAGGUGCAUCGUCACGGCGAGCCCCCGGGUGAUGGUGGAGCCGUUCGCCAGGGCGUUCCUCGGCGCCGACAGGGUCAUCGGGACGGAGCUGGAGGUGGACGGGUCCGGGCGGGCGACGGGGUUCGUCGCGCAGCCCGGCGUGCUCGUCGGCGAGCACAAGAGGCAGGCGGUGACGAGGGAGUUUGGCGACGCGCUGCCGGACGUCGGCAUGGGGGACAGGGAGAGUGACUUCGACUUCAUGUCCAUCUGCAAGGAAGGGUACAUCGUGACUCGAAGUAAGUACAGCCCGGUGCCAAAGAACCAGCUGGAGGGCCCCGUCAUCCUCCACGACGGCCGCCUCGUCCAGCGCCCGACCGACAUCAACGCCCUGCUCACCUUCCUGUGGUUGCCGAUCGGCUUCGACCUGGCGCUCCUCCGCGUGCACGUCAAGCCGCUCCUCCCCGACCGCGUCGCCUUCUACGCCUACAAGCUCAUGGGCGUCAAGCUCGCCGUGCGCGGCAACCCGCCGCCGCCGGCCACGAAGGGCCGGCCGGGCGUCCUCUUCGUGUGCAACCACCGCACCGCUCUCGACCCGACCAUGGUCUCCGUCGCGCUGGGCCGCACGGUGACACGCGUCACGCACAACAGCGCCUCCGGCGUCCUGACGGACCACACCUCGCCGGUCAAGACCGUCGUGCUGUCCGAGGACCGCGACGGCGACGCGGCCCGCAUCCGGCGGCUGCUCGAGGAGGGCGACCUCGUCGUGUUCCCCGAGGCCACGGCGUGCCGCGAGCCGUUACUGCUGCGGUUCGGCGCGCUCUUCGCGGAGCUCACGGACCGCAUCGUGCCCGUGGCCAUCGCCACCAAGGAGAGCAUGUUCCACGGCUCGACGGUCCGCGGGCUGAAGGCCAUGGACCCCUACUUCUUCUUCAUCAACCCGCGCCCGACGUACGUGAUCACGUUCCUCGACCAGCUGCCAAGGGAGCUCACCUGCGGCGGUGGCAAGUCGCCGGUCGAGGUGGCGAACUACGUCCAGAAGUUACUGGCCCGGGUGCUCGGGUUCGAGUGCACGAGCAUCACGCGCGAGGAGAAGUACGGGGAUCGUCGGAGCCGCGUGGCGUCCAACGACGACGGACCUGGAGAAGCCAACAGCGUAAGCACUUGA